AUGUUUCGCAGUCGGGUUCUGACCGCAGCCUGUGCUGCUGGCCGUUCUGGCAGUGCCACCUCGUCUGGUCAUGUCAUCCGCCAUUUCGCAACGGCCUCUCCAGUAAGCACUGCAGCGCGGAAUCACAAGGUCCUGGUGGUCGGAGGUGGUACUGCCGGCCUGACCAUUAGCCACCAGCUGCUUCGCACCGGCAAGUUCGCCCAGGACGACAUUGCCAUUGUUGAUCCCGCCAUCUGGCAUCAUUAUCAGCCGGGGUGGACCUUGGUGGGCGGCGGUCUCAAAACAAAACAAGAACUGCGACAACCCCUGCACGGGUUGAUCGAUCCCAAGCUCAAGUUCUACAAUGAGAGUGUUGCCACUUUCUCUCCCGAGAACAACCAGCUCACCCUGGGAAAUGGCGGCCAGGUUGGCUAUGAGCAGUUGGUUGUCGCCCCCGGCAUCAGUAUCAACUACGGCGCCAUCAAAGGACUGUCCGAGGCCCUGGCUGCGCCUGAUUCGCUAGUCUCGACGAUCUAUGGCUAUGAGACCUGCGAUAAAGUGUUCGCCACGAUCGAGAAGCUCCAGAAAGGAAAAGCCAUCUUCACCCAGCCUGCCGGCGUGAUCAAAUGUGCCGGUGCUCCCCAGAAGGUACUGUGGCUCGCCCUCGACUACUGGAAGCGGGCUGGCCUUUACAACCCAAGCAACCCCUCCAGCUCGGCCAUCCAAAUUAGCUACGCUACUGGCCUCCCCACCAUGUUUGGUGUCCCCAAGUACAGCGCCAAGCUCGAGGAGCUGCGCAAAGAGCGUGGCGUGGAGGGUCUGUUCCAGCAUGACCUCGUCGCUGUCGAGGGUAACAAGGCCACCUUUGCUCUUCCUGAGGGCAAGGGACAGGUAACCAAAGAGUUUGACCUGCUGCAUGUGGUCCCUAAGAUGGGGCCCCACGCCUUUGUCAAGAACAGCCCCAUCGCCAACGAGGCUGGCUUUGUUGAUGUCGAUGAUGGUACCACGCAACACAAGAAGUACCCCAAUGUGUGGUCGGCCGGUGAUGCGUCCAGCCUUCCGACGUCCAAGACUGCUGCUGCCGUCACGGCCGAAGCCCCGGUGUUGGUCCAUAACCUUCUCCGGUCGAUGGAGGGCAAGGCCGCCGAGGCGGUCUAUGACGGCUACACUUCCUGCCCGCUGCUGACAGAGUAUGGAAAGGUCUUGUUGGCCGAGUUCAAGUAUGGUGGUGAGCCCAAGGAGACCUUCAACAGCUGGUUCGGUAUUGAUCAGGCUACGCCGCGCCGGGAAUUUUACUACCUGAAGAAGGAGUUCUUCCCCUGGGUUUACUACAACUCCAUGGUCAAGGGCACUUGGGAGUUGGACUUGGGAUCCUCGAGCAUUUUCCCCAAUGAUUGUCUGUUGUAUACAAGCAUUUUCUUGAUGGCCUGUGAUGUCAGCGGUUCCCAUGAGGUUUACAACUCUGAGUCCUCUUUGCCAAACUAUGCUUUUGAUAAAGUGAUAGCCGGAUUUUGCCUCUUCACAUAG